AUGCCGUAUAAAAGGUUACUCGCCGUUGCAUUGCUUUUUUUUACCCUAAGCCUGGUGAAAGCACAGGCGCCAAGAAUUGUGUACAGCGAACCGGAGAAAGACGAUAGCCGCCGCACCAAUUUUGAAAUCAUAGGAAAGCUGAAUGGCAAUUUCCUGGUGUAUAAAGCCAACCGGAACGAUGAUGCCAUCUGUAUCUACGACAAUGAUAUGAAACUGAAAGAAAGGGUAAAGCUGGAUUUUACCCCGGAUCAGCAAUUGAUCAAUAUCGAUUUCAUAGCCUACCCCGAUUUUAUCUACAUGAUUUACCAGUACCAGAAACGCAGCAUCGUGCAUUGCAUGGCUGCCAAAUUGGACGGGAAUGCCAAAAAAAUGAUGGAUCCCAUAGAGCUGGACACUACCCAGGUUGGCUUCGCCUCCAACAAUAAAAUCUACACCACCAUCAACAGCGACGACAAGCAGCGUAUUAUGGUGUUUAAGAUAAACAGCCGCAACCGCGACAAUUUCGUUUUCACCACAUUGCUGUACAACAAAGAUCUGCUGCUGCAGGGGCGCAAAGAGCGUAUGCCCAUGCCCAUGGAAGAAAGAAACGAUUUUUUUACCGAUUUUUUGCUUACCAAUGAUGGUGAAUUGGUAUUUGGCAAAUUCCUGCGCCAGAAUUUUAAUGAGUACAUUACCAAACUCUCAAUGGUUAUCAAAUAUCCCGAUUCUGCGCAAUUGUCUGUAAGUAAUGUAGAGCUGGACGGAAAGAUCCUGGACGAGAUAAAACUGAAAGCCGACAAUACCAACAAACGUAUACUGCUGAACGCUUUUUAUUAUAAGCAGAAAAGGGGCAGUAUUGAGGGCCUGUAUUCGCUGCUGUGGGACAAAGUAGAGAACAGGAAAAUAAGGGAGGUAAGCAGCGUAUUCAAUGAUGAAUUGCGGGCCAAUGCCAAGGGCCAGGAUGCUUCCAUGAAAAAUGCCUUUAACGAUUUUUUCCUGCGCAACAUUAUUGUGCGGAAAGAUGGUGGUUAUUUACUGGUUACCGAGUCUGAAUACAGUACCAGCCGCGGCAACGCCUUUAACCGCUGGGAUUAUAUGGGCUAUGGCAAUCCCUGGAUGUCGCCCAUGGAUUACUAUUCCUACUCUCCGUAUGGGUAUUACGGAAGCCCCUGGAACCGCUGGAACAAUAUGCAGAACACCCGCUACAAUGCAGAAAACAUCAUGCUGCUUUCUUUUGAUAAAAACGGCGCUGUAGACUGGACAACAGUCAUCCCCAAAAGCUCAAAUUGCGACCGAGAUAUGCAGGAUGCCCUGCAGCAGGAUCUUAAGAAAGAAGUGAUCAUGCUUUGGCACAAAGACAAGGAUAUCAGCAUGUUUUCUACAGAUGAUUGCCUGGUAUUGCCUGGCGGGUUUUCUUACGGAGACUACCUGCGUUGCGGCGCCAUUGCCCGUUUUAGUCCCAUGAUGCAAAGUGUUAUUGAUUUUGCCAACAGGGGAGGAAAGGUGCUGGGUGUUUGCAAUGGUUUCCAGAUCCUCUGCGAGUCGCACCUGCUGCCCGGGGUAUUGUUAAGAAAUGCCAACCAGCAGUUUAUUUGCAAUAACAUAUAUAUCAAGGGAAGGGGGGCAGAAAAGGCGUUGAAAGUUCCCAUUGCCCACGGAGAAGGCAGGUAUUUUGCCGAGCCAAAAAUACUGGACGAACUGGAAGCCAAAGACCAGGUAAUUUACCGUUACUGCGAUGCGCAGGGUAAUAUCACAGCAGCCGCCAACCCAAAUGGUGCUACCCGCAAUAUAGCCGGUAUUUGUAAUGCAGCAGGCAAUGUGUUUGGCAUGAUGCCGCACCCGGAAAGGGCCUGUUCCGCCGCAUUGGGCAAUACAGACGGCCGCCUUAUCAUAAACGCCCUGUUGAUGAGCCGGCAGCCUGCUUUGGUAUAG